GAGACUCACACACGAGGCAGAACAUUCCACCAAGAACUGGCCCAGGAGGAGCACUACAGCUGACACUGUCACUGUGACUCUAGUAGUUGUGUGUAGGUCAAGUUGUACCUGGAUUUACUACAGUUAUCAGCAUGAAGCUGGUGUGUCUUGUGGUUGUUGUGACCUUGUUCCACUUAGACGAAGCGGCUGAGCCACGAGAGCAGAGACCCAGGUCUGUGGUGCCAGGGGUUAAUGUCAGACCCGGCACAGACCAUUCUCCCAUCAUCUUCCCAGAUAAAAAUUCUAAUGGAUUUGCUAACCGUGAUUUCACCCGCCUUGCAUUCAAGCCAGUACAUCAUACAAGGCCUCAACGUGUGCCCCUGCCUGUACCUCAGCAUGUACCCCUGCCUGUACCUCAGCCUGUACCUCAGCCUGUACCUCAGCCUGUACCUCAGCCUGUUCCCAAGGUUGUAACCCCACCUGUGCCUCAGCCCGACCACAGACUUAUACCAGAGCUGCCUGAGGACUUGGAUCUGAUGUGCCAGAGAUGGCGACAAUGGCCACUUGUAAGCCUGAGCUGACGACUGUUCCUCUGGAGCUGCCAGCUGAGGGCGGUACAAUGUUCUUCCCCACCUGUGUCAGGCUGGAGCAGUGUGGUGGAUGUUGUUAUGGUCCUCUCCUCACCUGCCGUCCCAGCAUCACUAAGGCUGUCAAGUUUAGGGACAGAAAUAAGUGUUCAGCUGACGGCCAUGGCCAUCAACUGAGCAGUCAUGUCCAACAUGUACAUGAAGCACUUGCAGAACGAGAGGUUAAAAAAAAUCACAUCACCAGGAGGUAA